CUUUUUUUUUCUGUAUAGGUUGAUUAGCUUUAUAAUGUUUACCACCCGUUCUAUUGUGCAAUCAGCUCACCAUAACAUCAAGCGAUACUAUUCUGCACCUGCUUAUUUUGUAUCACGAACUGUAAACAAGGGUAUUCCUGUUUAUACUGACUACAAAAAUGGAGGAACUCGUCUUUUGACUGUUAUUCGUAAAGUUCAAGGUGAUUCUUUAGCAUUGAUGGAAGACUUACAGGCCGAUUUUCCUGAAGCUGAAAUUACCCGUAAUUAUAGAACACGACAUGUCCUCAUUAAGGGUAACCAUGUUAACGAAAUUAAAGAAUGGUUAAUUGCUAAAGGAUUUUAAGAAAAGGGGCAAUAAAGAAAAAAAAAGAGAGAGAGAGAGAGAGAAAGAAAAAGUACUAGGUGCCAAAAAAAUAGCUAAAUGUAUCUGCUUUUA